AAUUUUGAAGUCCCCAGCAUUAGCGGGGAUCCAUGCUAGUUAUAUAAGCAUCAAUUUACCCAUUAAUGAUCCAGCUUCAGCACAAAGAAGGCUGAUUCUAGAACCGAGUCAGCCAUUGUCCUUUUUUUCUCUCUCUUGGCCGGGUUCUCUUUGUAAUCUCCGGUGAUUUUUUGGGUGCAAGCCACAAAACCAGCAAUUUUUUCUUCUUUUCCGAUGAUGGGGUCUAUGCUCGGUGACCUGCCGUCAUUUGACCCCCACAACUUCAGCCAACUUCGUCCCUCCGAUCCUUCUAAUCCUUCUAAAGUGGUACCUACCACCUACCGCCCCACACAUAGCCGGACUUCUCCACCUCCUGAUCAAGUUAUAACUACCGAAGCCAAGAAUAUACUUAUUAGAAAUUUUUACCAGCGUGCAGAGGAGAAGUUGAGACCGAAGAGAGCUGCUACUGAACACCCAACACCGGAACAUGGAUGCAAGCAACCUAGGGCAUCCACCACAUGGUCAUAAUGAGAUUUUCUUUUGGUUUUUCAAUGCUCAUCUAAAUGUAUCUUCUCAUACCAAAUGUGUGUUGUAGAAUCUGUGAGGAAAGUUGCUUUGCACAUUGUUGUUAAUCAGGAUGCCAUGCUUGUGCAUUGUAUGUGUACAAAUUAAACUCAUAGGUUAAUCAAUAACAAGAAGUGUUGUUAUGUUUCUGCA